GAAAUCACAGAGCCACCUGCCUAGUUUGGCAGCGACAGAGAAAAAGGGGAACUUCUUCCAUUUCCGCCGUCAAUAACUAUCCCGUUUGCACGGAGCGGAGAGCUGGACCGUUAUAACAGCUGGCUCGCGUUGGGAGGGGAAGGGGGCGGAGUCAGCUCCCCGAGGCCCCUGGAAGCGCCGGUACCAUACGGAGAAGUCCUUUUGGAGGGACAGCAACUGGCCCGCCCGAGUCACCAUGGAAACUCCAAACAGGCCUCCGACCCGGAUAUAGAAAUCGGACGCAUUGUCCUCCCCCCUCCAUGUCGCUGGUGCAGCUGCUAUUAAUGGAGACUACAUGUUUCGAGUAGGAUUAGAGAAAAGAGAUUUUAUGUAGCUGAAUCUGCCGGGGGAAUCUCUGCAGUGGUGUCACCAGGGGCCUGGAACCCGCUGUCAGUCUGCCGAUGGUUUGCAGGGAUCAGUAGUCUCUAAGAAGCUGUACGAUUUAAACCAUGACGAUUUUGAAACGAAGAAAGACUGUGAAAGGCACUGAAGAACAUCCAAUACAACAGGAGGAUGAGCAGCCUGAAACAAAGCCAAAAACUGGUCCAGUGGUAUUGAAGAAUAUAACUUUCAUGGUUGGUGGAUUUAUGGCAAUUUUCUUAGGACUUCUAACCUCAGUUUAUGUUGCAACUUUGCACGAGAAUGAUCUGUGGUUUUCUUCAAUUCAGGUAGUUGAACAGGAAAUCUCCUUCAGGACAGAGUGUGGCCUAUACUACUCAUAUUACAAGCAGAUGUUGCAGGCCCCAACCAUAACCCAAGGUUUGAAGGAACUCUUGUAUGACAACAAAACCGAAUCAAGGAGAACAAUAAACCUCCUGAAGCGGAUGAACAUUUACCAGGAGGUUAUUCUAAGCAUUUUGUACAAAACAUUAUCAAUUGAGAGAUAUCUGGAACCAGUCUACUUCUACCUGUAUACUGUAUUUGGACUCCAGACCCUCUAUGUCAUUUCAUUGUACAUUACCAGCUGGUUAUUAAGUGGUACCUGGAUGUCGGGUGCACUGGCAGCUAUAUGGUACAUUCUAAACAGAGUGGAUACAACAAGGGUGGAAUUUACCAUUCCACUGAGGGAAAAUUGGUCACUUCCAUUUUUUGCAUUACAAAUAAUGGCAAUCACGUACUACUUUAGACCACAGCUCAAACCUUCUCAACAGUGGUGGUCAUUCACAUUGAUUAUGAUAUCAACGUUUCUUUUCUGUAUUGCCUGGCAGUUUAACCAAUUUAUUUUACUAAUACAAGCCCUGGCUCUCUUUUCCAUGGACUGCUUAGAUAUGGUGCCUGCAUCAAAGGUUACCUCACUAUAUUUUGUGCAUAUAGCUUCUUUGCUGCUUGUCUGGAUCCUGCAGUUUAACAACUCCAUGCUCCUUGGAUCUUUGGUUCUCAGUUUCAUUCUGGCCGCAUUAGUGGUGCGGCACUUGCAGAGAAAUUUAAAAUCUGGCAGUUUUAUUGCAAGAGUUUUGAAAUUAUUGCUGCAUUUUAUUGUAGUAUUCAGCUUAGCAGUCCUGACAAAUAAUGCAACCAAGAAAAUUUUAGGGCUUGAAUCUGAUGAACAUAUUUUUAAAUUCCUUAAAGCAAAGUUUGGAUUUGGGGCAACAAGGGAUUUUGAUGCUAAGUUGUACCUUUGUGAAGACGCUUUUGGCCUACUGCCUUCCGAUACUUUCCAAAGACUUUUGAACACACUGAUUUUACCUUCAUAUAUUUUAAUUCUGGUUAUCACAGUGGUCAUUGCUAUUACUGUUGCUGUUCGGAAUCUCGGCUGUAGUUCAACUGUAAUCCAGAGUACAUCCAUUAAAGAGCAGAACAUGACAAUGUUGAGGCCUGACAUGGCCUACAAUCUAAUGCACAAUGUGUUAUUUGGUCUGCUGGCUUUAAGUACAAUGAGGAUGAAAUAUUUGUGGACAUCACAUAUGUGUGUCUUUGCAUCAGCAGCAAUUUGCAGCAGCCAUUUAUGGAGCCUGAGUCUCAAAGCAGUUCGACUGUAUUCUCCUCAGUGGGUCCGUGUGAUGCGGUUUGCAGUUCCUAUAUUAAUUUUCACUUACCUUUAUCAUGAGUUCUGGCCAAAGAUAAUGAUUGAACUGUCAGAUCUGAGGGAAUUCUAUGACCCUGAUACAGUUGAAUUAAUGAACUGGAUCAAAUCAAAAACAUCCAAAACUGCAGUGUUUGCGGGAAGUAUGCAAUUAUUAGCAGGGGUCAAAUUGUGCACUGGGAGAACCAUAACUAAUCACCCUCAUUAUGAAGACAAAAAGUUAAGAGAAAGAACAAAACAGAUCUAUCAGAUUUACUCCAAGAGUUCUGCAGAAGAGGUAUACAAUAUCCUACGGAUAUAUGGAACAGACUACAUCCUCCUUGAGGAUAGUAUUUGUUAUGAAAGGAGACACAGUAGAGGCUGCCGUUUGAGAGACCUGCUUGAUAUCGCAAAUGGUCAUGUGAUGGAUGGUCCUGGAGCAAAUGAUCCUGAUUUGAUGCCUUCUCCUUAUCCACGUUUUUGUGAUGAAAUCAAAUCUAAUAAACCUCCCUAUACACUUUAUUUCUCUCGUGUGUUUAAAAACAAAACAUUCCAUGUUUACAAACUAAAGAAAAAGAAAAAUGUACAUAAUUAGAAUGCUUGCAACUAUUCAUUACUGCAAUGUGAAAGACUAGGGUUGGUUAUACAAGUAGAAAGUACAAAACUGUAUUUAUGGAAAGUCUAUCUUAUUUGGAAUUGAAUACUUCUGAAUUCCAGAAUUAAUUGUCAUACGUUUUGGAUUGAAACUUAAGAUAAUAUUCUUUCUCAUUUAAAUACUUUACUACUUUAAACAGUGUACCUUUAUGUUUCUAUUCAUUUCACAUGAUUUGUAUUUAAUUAAUACAGGCUGACUUCUUCAUAUCUCGAAAUUGAGUCUUUUAAAUCAGAAAUCAGCAUAUAAUUUCUUUGAAUCAAAAGUUUUUUUUGUUAUCCUGUCUCUGGAUUAAUGGUUAUUUUUAUUUGAAUUGCUGAUACAUACUGCCAUUGGGGAGACAUUUCUUAAAGUAUUUUUUAGAUGUUUAUCUGCGUAAUCACAUACUUACGUGCAUUGUAUACCUUAUGUCAUGUGAUGCAAUUCUGUUUUGUAUGUUGCCAGUCAUGUAAAACAAACUAUGCUUUCAGUUAGAAUCUAUGAUCAGCAGAUAAUUGGUAACAAAAAUGGUCUUAAAUUAUAACAUAUUAACACCUCUACAUAAAUUGUGCCAAACUUGAUGAUUUGAGUUGUUGGGCAGCAUUACAACGUAAGAAAUAUUUUUAUGAUGGUACUGUGCACUGUUAUGAGCCUUUUUGUGUACUUUAAAAUAACUGAAUUAAUGGACCACUUCAGCUGAUGACAACGAAGGAAAUUUUAGCUGAUAGUUUUGCUUUGUACAGAAGUUCACAAACAUGUAUGUAUACAUUGGCAAGCCUCUGAAUUGAUGGCUAUAUAUUGUAGCAUUAUCCAUUUCUGUAAAACAUUUAUUUCAACUGAAUGUAAAAUUGUAAAGAUUUUUGGAUGUAAUGAUUGCAUGAUUAAAAUUAUUGCAUGUUACUGAAUACCAGCAACAACUAAUAAGAUUAACAUUACUGAAAUAUAUUGUAUAAUAUUGGCCACAGUACUGGAAGCUACAGUGGUUGCUUCGUUUUUUUUUAAUAGCUACCUUCGGCUAUUUCUCUAAACCAGCUAAACCCUGAUCUUGUGUUGUCCUUUUCAAUAUUGAGGGUACUACAAACCAAUGUAUUAUUCUGUUGACACAAAGCACACUGGAUGUUGCCAGUAUUGAAGCUCUUUCUAGUCAAGAACUUGCCCUUUUUAAGGUUACAGAUAUUUAUGUCGCUGUAACAUUUUACAAUAUUUCAACUGGUACUUGAUUCUUUACUUUUUCUUCAAACAGUGCUAAUUAUUGUGUGAAGAAGCAAUUGAUCUUCUAUGGCAACACUGCAGUUGAACAAUGCUACUAGUGUCACUACUGAAUGUUGUUAUAUUUUUUAAAAUGUUUAAUUUCUAUAUCUAUUUUGUACAGCGAAUAUAGAUAUUAAAAUGGACCUGCUGUUGGUUAACUGUUUCAUUCCACUACAUUG